UCAUCACCGACAAAUACCGUCAAAUCGUUAAAAGACAUUCUAGUCCCUCAAAAUACUUUCGUUCGGUGUUCCUCCGAUAGUUCUCCCCUUUCUCUUUGGUUACCUUUCCAGAUCUUCUUCUUCCUUUUCUCAAACCUUCGAAUCAUCCAGAGAGAGAAGAGGGGAGAGAGAUAGAGGAAUCGUUGUUUUUUAUCCAGUUGGUAUUUUAUGGAGAUAGAUUCGAAAUUACAAGAAGAUUUUAGGGUGAACAAUAAUAACGGAGUUACAUCUUCUAAUAAUAAUUAUGAAGAUGAUGAAGAUGAAGAUGUCUGUAGGAUUUGUAGAAAUCCAGGUGAUUCUGAAAAUCCACUAAGAUAUCCAUGUGCUUGUAGUGGAAGUAUUAAAUUUGUUCAUCAAGAUUGUCUUCUUCAGUGGCUUAAUCACAGCAAUGCUCGUCAGUGUGAGGUUUGCAAACAUCCAUUUUCUUUCUCCCCUGUUUAUGCUGAAAAUGCACCGACAAGGCUUCCUUUUGCGGAGUUUGUGGUUGGAAUUGCGACGAAAGGAUGUCAUAUUGUGCAGUUCUUCAUGCGACUUUCUUUUGUACUGUCUGUCUGGCUCCUCAUAAUACCCUUCAUCACAUUCUGGAUAUGGCGUUUGGCCUUUGUGAGGAGUUUUGGUGAAUCCCAGGGACUGUUUCUCAGUCAUAUUUCUGCUACGGCAAUACUCACAGAUUGUUUUCAUGGGUUCCUGCUAUCUGCUAGCAUUGUUUUCAUUUUUCUAGGGGCCACUUCCUUGAGGGAUUAUUUUAGACAUUUACGAGAACUAGGAGGACCAGAUGCUGUGAGAGAAGAUGAAGGGGAUGCAAAUGGUGCCCGUGCUGUGAGAAGACCUCCUGCACCAGCUAAUAGGAUUCCUGCUGUUGAUGGAAUUGGUGAUGAUGCUGGGGGAGCGCAGGGUAUUGCUGGUGCUGGUCAAUUGAUCAGACGAAAUGCAGAGAAUGUCGCUGCUAGGUUGGAAAUGCAAGCAGCACGUCUCGAGGCACACGUUGAACAGAUGUUUGAUGGUCUGGAUGAUGCUGAUGGUGCAGAAGAUGUACCUUUUGACGAGCUUGUUGGCAUGCAAGGGCCCGUUUUUCAUUUGGUUGAAAAUGCUUUCACUGUUCUAGCAAGCAAUAUGAUAUUCCUCGGUGUAGUAAUCUUUCUCCCCUUUUCAAUAGGCCGAAUCAUUUUCUACUAUAUUUCUUGGUUUUUCUCCACAGCUGCAAGUCCCAUGUUUUCGAUGUUCUCCACAGCUGCAUUAUCUGUUGUUACAAAUUUUUCAUCUGAAACACAUAAAGAUGGCCUGCUUUCUCAAGCUGUGGAAGUGGUUGCCGAAACCUUGAACGCAACUACUACUGGAUUAGAUCUAGUUUCAAAUAGUGCUGGGAAACUACGAGUAGAUGCUAGCUCACGGCUAUCUGAUGCCACUACUCUUGCUACAGGUUACAUGUUUAUUGUUUCUAUGGUCUUUUUCUAUCUUGGAAUCGUUGCUUUGAUACGCUAUGUUAAGGGUGAGGCUCUGGUUGUGGGGAGAUUUUAUGGCAUCACUUCAAUAGCAGAUGCAAUUCCCUCCCUUAUUAGACAGUUCGUGACAGCUAUGAGGCACUUAAUGACCAUGGUCAAGGUUGCAUUUCUUCUGGUAGUUGAGCUUGGGGUUUUUCCUUUGAUGUGCGGGUGGUGGUUGGACGUUUGUACUGUUAAGAUGCUUGGGAAGACUAUGACUCAUAGGGCGGAAUUUUUUUCUUUCUCUCCUUUGGCGAGCUCCUUGAUACAUUGGAUUGUAGGAAUUAUAUACAUGCUACAAAUCAGUGUGUUCGUGAGCCUUCUACGAGGGGUUUUGCGCAAUGGAGUUCUUUAUUUUCUUCGGGAUCCAGCUGAUCCAAACUACAACCCAUUUCGUGAUCUUAUUGACGACCCUGUGCAUAAGCACGCUCGUCGUGUUCUAUUAUCUGUCGCUGUUUAUGGGAGUUUAAUUGUGUUGCUGGUAUUUUUACCAGUCAAACUGGCUAUGAGAUUGGCACCUUCAGUUUUCCCACUGGAUGUUUCUUUGUCUGAUCCAUCUACCGAGAUUCCUGCAGACAUGCUUCUGUUCCAGAUCUGUAUUCCAUUUGCAAUCAAGCAUUUCAAACUGCGGGCAACAAUUAAAGCCCUUCUCCGUCAGUGGUUCACUGCAGUUGGCUGGGCUCUUGGCUUAACUGAUUUCUUACUUCCCAGAACUGAGGUCAUGGGUGGCCAGGACAAUGUGAAUGUGGAAAGGCACGAUAGAUUACGUGAUGUACAACAUGGUGGAAUUCAGCAGCAAGGUCAGGCUCCAGCAGCGCUAGUUGCUGAAAAUCCGAACAUAAACAUCCAAACCACUGGCACUAAUGUGGAAGAGUAUGACGGUGACGAGACUGAUAGCGAGUAUAGUUUCAUCCUUCGUAUUGUGCUGCUGUUGGUGCUCGCAUGGAUGACCCUGCUGCUCUUGAAUUCGUCCGUCAUUGUUGUACCAGUUUCAUUAGGACGGGCACUCUUCAAUUCUAUUCCGCUUCUCCCAAUAACUCAUGGAAUUAAGUGCAAUGAUCUGUAUGCCUUUGUUAUUGGAAGCUAUGCUAUCUGGACUGUUUUAGCUGGAGCAAGGUAUUUUGCAGAGCAUGUUAAAGCAGGAAGAGCCCAAAUUUUGUUUGGCCAAAUUUGGAAGUGGUGUGGAAUUGUCAUCAAGAGUUCUGUAUUACUAUCAAUAUGGAUCCUUGUUAUUCCUGUGUUAAUUGGUCUGCUAUUUGAGCUUUUGGUCAUAGUGCCAAUGAGAGUGCCUGUGGAUGAAAGCCCAGUUUUUCUGUUGUAUCAGGACUGGGCAUUGGGGCUCAUCUUUCUUAAGAUUUGGACUCGACUGGUUACACUGGAUCAGAUGGCGCCACUGGUGGACGAGAGCUGGCGGGUAAAAUUUGAGAGGGUGAGAGAAGAUGGUUUUACCAGGUUGCGCGGGCUUUGGGUGUUGCAAGAGAUAGUGACGCCAAUCAUCAUGAAGCUGCUAACUGCACUAUGUGUUCCUUAUGUGUUUGCCAGAGGGAUCUUCCCUGCACUGGGGUACCCACUAAUGGUAAAUUCAGCCGUCUAUAGGUUUGCGUGGAUAGGGUCUCUUAGUGUUAGUAUUCUGUACUUCUGCGCCAAAAGGUUCCAUGUAUGGUUCACCAACCUCCAUAAUUCCAUACGUGAUGACCGCUAUUUGGUUGGUCGUCGGCUUCAUAACUUUGGGGAAGAGAAGAGCAUGUCAAAAAGAAAUGAAUCUGAGAUAAUCUCAGGGUCAUUAGAAGAUUCUAAUCUGCAGGAUGCUGGUUUGAUUCAGCACCAUGAGCAAGACUGGGAUGUUGGUUUGAGGCUGAGGCAAGUUAAUAAUUAGCGAAAAGUGAUAUCCUUUGAAUCAAAGGCAGGAGAUAUGCAGUAGCUAGCGCUAAAUUCUAUUGGUUCCUCCGUUUAAUCCUGCUUGGAGAUGAAGAAGGCUGCACUGCUGCACAUGUACAGAUAUUAUUGUUAUCAAGAGGCUAACAUAGAGCGUUAAGCAGCUGCCAGAAGGAUGAAAAUGAAGCCUUCGGUCACCACAGUUCUCAAAUGCAGUAAAUCGCCAUGAGAGUAGGCAAAUGUCUCAGUAUUAGUGCAGUAACUAAUCAGAGUUAUCAUAAAUAUCAGAGACUGAGAAAGGACAGAAAGGAUUGGUGUUUAGUUAAUAUGUUUAAAUGACACUUGUAAUUACACUUAAUUAGGGUGGUGCUUCAAAUAGGGGUAUGUAAAAACUAAGGUACGUCUUCAUUUGACCUUUUAUCGGGAUGCUUUGUUACAGGGUGCCGUAUCUUGUGUUUCCAUUGGUUUUUCUCGAGUCAAAUAAAUUUUUAUUCCGAUGUAUACGAAGUCUUUACUGAGUUUAUAUUAAGUUUAACUACAAAGUGUUCUUUAAAA